UUUUUAAUGGAAUAUAUUAAAAAGACUCCAGGAAAACAUUUAUAAAGUUAUUAUUGGAUGGUAAGAGUGUGGGGCGGAGUUGGCCUUAGAGAAAUGAUAGCAGCAUUAUUAAAAAGUAUUUUAAAAGCACAUGCUGGGCUCAAGUCAGUAUAGCUCAAGAAGACAGGAGCAGAAAGACAAGAUGAAUGAUGUGAAGCUUGCUGUCUUGGGUGGUGAAGGAACAGGCAAAUCUGCCCUUACAGUAAGGUUUCUUACCAAACGAUUCAUUGGAGAAUAUGCCUCUAAUUUCGAAUCUAUCUAUAGUAAGCAUUUGUAUUUGGAAGGGAAGCAACUGAAUCUAGAAAUAUAUGACCCCUGUUCUCAACCACAGAAAGCAAAAUUUUCCCUCACAAGUGAGCUGCAUUGGGCAGAUGGGUUUGUUAUUGUGUAUGACAUCAGUGACAGGUCCUCAUUUGCUUUUGCAAAAGCACUGAUCUACAGAAUUCGAGAGCCUCAAACUAGUCAUUGUAAAAGAGCUGUGGAAUCAGCAGUGAUUUUGGUUGGUAACAAGCAAGAUCUCUGUCACAUACGAGAGGUUGGCUGGGAAGAAGGGCAAAAACUGGCAUUGGAUAACCGAUGCCAGUUCUGUGAAUUGUCUGCAGCAGAGCAAUCUCUGGAAGUGGAAAUGAUGUUUAUCAGAAUUAUCAAGGACAUCCUGACAAACUUCAAACUCAAAGAAAAGAGAAGACCCAGUGGAUCUAAAUCAAUGGCUAAAUUGAUCAAUAAUGUUUUUGGAAAGAGACGGAAAUCUGUUUAGCAGACAUGUAAUCCUAGGGGAUUUAUUAUAUUAGACAGUUUCGGAUAUUUACAUGAUAUUAAAUUUACCCUUUGUAUGCAAUUAAAAAUAAUUCUUUUAGAGAUAUGAAAUGACUGAAUAUAAGCCACAGCUGUGUUUUCAAAUAUAUAGUUUUCCUUUUUGGUUGUUUGUAUCUUUGUAUCUUGUAUUGUGACAAGAUACAAACAACCAAAACUAUAUAUUAAACCUUUUUCUUUAUUACAUGGAAUAGCACUCACUAUAAUUUAUUGAUGCAUUGCUAUGAAGUUACCCUUGCUGAAUAAACUCUGCUUAAUAAUUUUAUUAAGCUACCAUCCCAUAGACCUCAAGUGACCUUUAUUUUAUUUAUUUCUUUUGAAUGAAAUAUGUAGUUAUAUUUCACAUAGUUAAUAUAGUGCUGAAUUUAUAAAUUUGUGAAAGUUCACAAUUUAGUAGAAAUGCAUGAAUUUAAUUUUGAAAGUGCCUUUCCAGUAAUUCAGUGAGUUCUUGCUUACAUCUUGGUAUUAUUUAUUACUCAUACUACUUAUUUUACUUAUAAUUUAGGUCAUAAGAAGUUAAGUUCCUUGCCUAUAAGUGCCGUUUUUUAUUUGGUCUGAUGAUGAAAAAUUCUGCCUCUGCUUGUAGUCUUUGCUAAGAAGGGUAAUCCUCACAAUUUCACUUACAUGGCUCUUUAUACAAAAAAGAUCAGUUGUUUUUAGUGCAUAGAGAGAUCCAUACAUCCCAGGGAAAGAAAAAGAAAAAGUAAAAGCUGGUUGCUAAGUAUAUAUAACCUCGAAGACCUUAUUGUCCUUAAAGAAAUAUUGUAUUAGACAAACAUUUGGGGCCUUCCCAGAUUUCUUUGAGGACAAUUUCCUUCAAAAAUCAGCUGUUUACCCUCUGGACCUAAGUACCACUGCUGCUGACCUCAUUGCAUUUCAAGUCACGGUCUAGACCUAACCUCAGCCAAAUCACUGAUAACUAAGUUUAAGUCUCCAGGAAGUUAAACUGAGAGUACAAGCAAUGCUACAGGUGCUGGUUAACAUGUAUUGGCAAGAACCUGGGGGCCAAGGUGGAAGAAGAGCUUGAGUGGAGGGUGGUAGGCAAAUGGGGGGACAGGUGACACAGAUCAUGAGCCUGAAAAAGGGAGAAUUCGUUGACAUGGUGUUCCUCACCAUGAGUCAUGAUUCCACAUUAUAGGAGCCACACCUAGAGCUCAUCCAUGUAGCUUUGCUGUUCCCUGGAAGCCUGGCCUUGAUACACUACAGUAAAAGUAGUGGAAAUAAUAACACACUGUAUGAUAGAAUAUAAAGGAGCUCAGAACAGUCAUAAAGAUAGGGGAGUUAGAACUGAUGUGGCAGGUUGGCCCAAAAACCCACUGUCUGACUGUGUUGCUUGGAACUAUUCAGAGGAAUUUCCUCUGCUGAGGAGGUGAGGAGGCAUAGACAACUUUGAGAAGCUUAACUGUGACUGUGCUGUAUAGGUCAGGAUUGGCAGAAGGGAUGUUGCCAUGAAACUGUGCUUCUCACUAUCAGCCCAGUGAUAGAAUCCUGGAAGAGCAGAAUCUGGAUGCCAGCAUUUAACUUGUUUCCUGUUAUCCACCCACGCAGCCCCCAAAGAAGUGCUGCUAUAUCUGGGGCAGAGGCUCCUUUCCUAAUCCUGGCUGGCUGAUUGGAAGUGACAUACUUAAUCAGCUAGAUGGAGACAGAGUCCAUAUAAGCUCAUGCAUUGCUUCCAUCCAUGCCACUGUGACCACUGUUAUCCUGGAUCCAUUUUGUAAGCACAAAGAUGGCCAAGAAAAGGGGCAAGUUGAUAUCUGCAGGACAGAUCAUCCUGUCCAUCUGGUUGUAUAGUGACUUUUCCUUGGUGGAUGCACUCUGAUGGGCAGUGACAUGAUACACAAAGAUAUGUAUAUUUUAUGCCCUCUCUAAGAGAUCCAUUCAUACAUUUUUUUUCUCUAGUCUUCCUUGUCACUGUCUUCCAGUUUUACUUUAUACUGGUCUCUGACCAACUGGCAAAACCACUGAUUGCUUCCUAGAAAUCUGUACCAUGUGCCACCUUUCCUAACAUACAAAGGGUAGAUCACCAAGUAUACAUCUUGAAGCUCUGGCAAAUGGGAUAAUUUGCUAAUGAAGUUCAUGGUAGCCUCCAUGUAAUAAGGCCCAGUCCUCUUAUGACUGGGACUAAUAUCACAAGCUUAGGAAAGCUUUCUGUCAACUAGGGACAUUCAGGUUAGAUUGCUAUGUAAAUGGGAAAUAAACUCUUAUUGUGUGAUGUUAUGUUAGAAAAUUCAGUGAUAUAAUAUUUUUAGUCAACUAUUUACAAUGAUUAUAAAAUAAUAAAAAACUAUUUACAAGGAUUUUAUUAAUCUUUUAUAGUCUCAAUAUUCAAUGACAUUAUAUGUAUAUGUUUAUAUGUAAAUACAUACCAGUUUAAUCAUUAUACCUUAAUUUUUUUUCCUCAUCCUCUUGGAUAAUCUCAGUUUUAGAGAUUUAGUCUUCAUUCUUUAGAAUUAUUUUCCUACUUUAAGAAAGAUUCUUUUGGGAUGAUUUUGUAUGAAAAACAACAUAUUGAUUCAUGUUAUACGCAAGAACUCUUAAUGUCAAAAUGGUAGGAAAAUUUUUUAAUAGCUUAAUCCAAGCAUAUGUGUCUGUGAUGUUUCAGAGUUCAAAAUUCCUGUUAAGGAUACUAAUGUUCAUAUAUAUUUUUAAAUUUUAUUUAUUGUACCUUGAUUUUUUUUUUGUCAGGAUGAUUUGGGAUAAUGCAUCUCAUUAUAAGGAAUCAGUGGAACAUGGCAAUGCAAACAAACAUUCUUGUACAGACAAACACAAAAGAUAACUAUGUGAGGUGAUAAAUGUGUUAAUUGAUUGCAGUUUGAUUGUGGUAAUAAUUUUACAAUAUAUAUGUAUAUUAACCCAUCAUAUUGCAAUUUUGUUUUUCAAUUUACCUCAACCUGGAAAAAAGCAGUUUUACAUUAAAAAAAUUUACAUUUUAAGUGCAGUGUCUGUGAAGCAACUUUAGAAAUGCACACCUGAUUAUUUCCAGAGUGAUAUUUAAAACUACUGGAUUAAUUUCCUCUUUUAUGAUGUGACAGUUUUAAAACAUGUUCACACAUUUUUGACACUUCUUCUAUCAAAAGGUGAAAUCUAAUUCCCCUCUCCAUGAUUGUGAAUCGCCCUUAUUGACUCUCUUUUAAAAAACGGAAUAAGGUGGAAGUAAUAGAUAGGACUUAGGAGACCAGGUUGGGAAAGGUGCUAGAGCUCCCAUCUGUUCCUAUGUUAUCUGUUCUCAAAUGUCCCUGGGAAUCAGUUUUGGGAGCCAUGAGUCAACAUGUAUGAAUCUGGCUUCCCUGAAAGCACCUGACUAGAGACCCAAUAUGUCAGCAAAUCUUCAGGUGAUUCUAGUUUCUAACCUUGGACUAGCUGAUGCUGAAUAGAGCAGAGAUGAGUUAGCCCAGAGAAUCUUGCCCCAGUUGCAGAUUUGUGAGGAUAAUUACCAUUGUUGCUGUUUGGGUGUUGUUAAACCAUUGUCUUGGGGUUGUUAUGUGAUAAUAGAUAAUUAGAGUAGAUAAUUUAUUAAAACUUUUGGCAAUUCAGACAAUACAAAAUAUUUGGCUUUCUUACUGGGGAAAAAUGGUGAAAAAAAGGAUUCUUCCAACUAGCUUCAAAAUAGUCCAGACCUGAAGUUGUCCCAACUAUAAUUUUCUUGUGACUAUAAUUCACUUGUUUUCUUGUGACUAUAAUUCUUGUGACUAUAAUUCACAUGUAAAAAAAACUUGCAAAAACCUAAAAAAUAAUAAAUUACAGUUUUCCAAAGUGAGAAAACUACAUCUGCUUACAGAGAAACAAAUACAUCAACAUUAGACCAUAGAAUGUUGUAGGUGGAAGAUAGCAAGUGUGUCUAUAAAUCUCUGAGAGAGUUAAGCUGUAUCACUAGGCUGGGAAUUGCCUAUGCUGCUUCUAGUAAAAAAAGAUGCUGUCAUUCACUUUGGAUGAGCUUCAAUGAGAUAACACAGAAUGAGGGGCAACAGCCCAGGAAGGGAAUGCCAAAAGGGAGGGGCCUUUAAAAUGGCUUUGAUUUAAUACAAGGUAUGCACUAUUAAUAAAGAGGUUGAAUGAUACCUGUAUGUUUUAUAGGUUUAUAAAUUGGCUGUAGUAAAAUAUUUUACAUCUUAGAUCACUAGGUAUUGUUUCAGCUUAUUAUGGGAGAUAUCUAUCUAGAGUUGACUGAAUUGUAUUAAUCUGAACCUAGUUUAAUGAUGCCUUAACAUUUUUAUGGGGGAAUUUAAUGUUUGCAAUAUCCAUGUUCCUUAUUUGAAAGCGUGACUUAUAGGUUUCUCAUCUUCCUUAAAUUAUGAAAUCCUUCAGCUAAUAAAGGAAAAUGAUUAUAGUUUGCAAAAAAGGCAAAGUCAUUUAAUAAUCCAUAUAACUGUCUAUUGUAGGACUUUGCAUAAUAAUUGUAAUUUAGCUAUUAGGGAUUCUAAAGGCAGUUAUCAGUCAUACUCUACAAUUCUGGGGGAAUCAGGCAAAGCCCAAAUUAUUUAAAGUAUUUUAAAUUCCCAAGGAAAAAAAAAAAGACACACUAUAAAUUGGAAAUAUACUUUAUAAUGACAAUAUAUUAUUUCAAAGCAAAGAAAGUCGUCAUAAUUUUCAAAUGUAUAAACUACCAAACAAAUUGUUUUUCUUUCUUUUGGAUAGAAAUACAAUUUAAGUUUACUUUUAAUAAUGGAAAUAAAUGUAAGUUCCUCUAAGGAGGGAAUUAGCAGACGAUGAAGUACUAGUUGCAAUGUGGAAUUUCACCAACAUUUAGUAAUCCUGGAACCACUAAGACAAAAAGAAUUAAGAAAGAAACAAAAACAAAAAAUAAAAACCAGAACACCAAAAACGAGUAAAAGAUGAAAUUACUUGCCAUUUAUGGAAGCAUGACCAUGAGUUACCACUGUAGUAUCCAGACCAUUUUAUAGGACUGAAGAUGACUACUUAAUAACUAGACACUUGGAAACAUUCAAACACAUAUUAGACUGGUAUUUUUCCAGAUAUAAAUUUACUUUCAAGGUAAUAAAUUAACCAGUUUUGCAUAAUUUGGGAAUAGUUCUAUAGACAAACACAUCUGUGGGUUAAAAUUCUUGGGUUGAGGUGGAAGUAGAAUGUGUAAGUUAUUCAAAUGACAAUUAUUUUAAAAAUAACCAGUUGGUUGACUUUCAUCAGAAAGUUUUAAGGCCUAGACUAAAAGAAGUCCAUAUUUUACUUAUACAACAUUCCUCACAAUAAGAGAGGUUUUGAGCAAAACCUGCUAAGAAGGAGUUUAAAAAUUAUGGGAUUUGAUCAUUCUAAAUUAUUUAUUAUUUUUAAUAACAUCUUUUUAAAGUUUAACAUAUUUGUAGAGUAAGACUAACACAAUGUGUGUUUGUGAAUCUGUGCCUAUAGAUAUAUUGCUAUACAUAUCAAUAUAUAACUAUGUAUAUGUGUGUGUGUGUUACUAUUUAAUCUGAUAAUAACCCAUUCAGUCAGAAGGAAUACAAAAUAUCAAGUGAACUAAAAGCAGGGAAAUAAUAGAAAUAGCAAAAUAAUAGAAAAAUGGAGGACUAAUAUAUGUGAUAAAAGUUACAUUCAAAAUUGUAAAAUUGGGGACAGAUUCCAGGAUGGAUCCCUUUAGAAGAGAAAAAAAUAGUGCAAUUAUAAAAUGGGGAAUGAUAGGAUACAUGUAAGUAUUAGAACAAUUGGUUUGUAGCUACAAAAAAUGAGUAGCUGCUUGUCAAUUUAGCAUUAUAGUUAAAAUAAGUGGGCAUGAGAUAAAAAUGACAUUAAACAGUUCAGAAGAAACAGAAAUAUAACUGAAAUACUGUGAGGUAAUAUUCCUAUUCUUCUCAGCAAACAUCACAAUUCAAAGAAGAAUUGGUGGACCUCUAUAAAGUAUUUGAAAAUUAAAUCAAAAAGAAAAGUUCACAAAAAGAGAAUUUUGUACAAAAACAAAAUAUAUGCUCUUUGAGUAUCUUAUUUUAUAAUAGUGAAUAACA